AUGGCUCUCUCAUACUUGGACACGUUCCCUUUCAACGUCACACAGCCGGCCAUCGAUGUCUUUCUGGACUCGAAGCAGGACGACGGCCAGAUCGCGGGCAUCACUUACUGGCAAACGGCCAACGCAUACACCGCAAUCGCCCUCCACGAUGCGUGGUCCAACACGUCCACAAACGCCGAUCGGCUGGACGAGCUGGUCGCCAUGGUCCAGAACGCCACCGGGGACUGUAUUAACGACUACAACGACGACAGCAUGUGGUGGGCCAUGGGCUUGUUGGAGCUGUACGGGGUCACGCACGACGCACGCCACUUGGCCGUCGUCGAGAAUAUCUGGAGCCACGUCGUGCCGUCGAUGAUUGCUCCGGGACAGCUCGUCAUCGACAGCGUCGACAUGGCCGGCGGAGUCCUGUGGUCGGACCUGAGCGACGAGACGCAGGUCAAUUCCAUCACGACGGGACUGUUCGCGGAACUCUCGGCGCGUCUGUCGACCCACGCCGAAGAUGCGUCGGCGAGGGACUUGCUUCUGGAGUACGCGAUUCUGAGCAUGGACUGGAUCUACCGCUGUCGGUACAUCGCGGACGACUAUCUCGUUCUGGACCACAUCGACAUCCGGACCGGGGAGACAUUCGACGCCAAUCUCACGUAUAACACCGGACAGGCGAUUGCGGCGUCAGUUGCCAUAUACGAUGCGGCUGUGAAGAACGACACCGGUGGUACGAUUACGAUAACGGACACAGAUACAGAUACAGAUACGGACACCGGUGGUGGUGGUGGUGCUUCUUCGGCCACGAUGCAAAUGUACCUGGACCAAGCGCGUCUGAUGGCCAUGUACUCGAUGAACAGAACCAACUGGGUCGACAGGGACGGGACACUGACGGAACGUGACGCGUAUCCCGGCCCAGGUGACGAUCCGCUGUCGCCGUGGCAGGAUGACGAUGCCGUUGGGUUCAAGGCCAUCUUGCUCAGGAACUUGGUGAAACUGUACAAGGUGUUGAAAAGGGAUGGGAUAGACGUCGGCCUGCAGGGCGAGAUUGCGCAGUUUGUCCGGCAUCAAUUUUGGAGAUUACAGGAUCGAGAUACCAACGGACGAGGUCAGUAUGGGCCUUGGUGGGCAGGGCCGAUGGACGCAGUGACCAGUCAUAGUCAACUUGCCGCUUUGGACGUCAUGGCUGCUAUCCAUGCUGUGGUGUGA